AUGGAUAGAUUGGUUUGGAAAAGUUUGGAGGGAAAGCCGUGUGAUUUUCACUCGUCAGUGGUUUGGGAUACAAUUCGGAACCGUGAGAAUCAGGUGGUAUGGGCUGAUAUGGUUUGGUACUCUCAAUGCAUUCCGCGACAUUCAUUUCACUUAUGGUUGGCAUUUAGAAACAAACUAAAAACGCAGGAUAGGUUGGCAGUGUGGGAAGCGGGUAGUCACACCAACUGGAACCUGAUGUGUUGUCCGUUGUGCUACUUUGAUCGUGAUAGUCGGGACCAUUUAUUUUUCAGGUGUGCUUUUGCGGCCCAAGUCUGGAACGAGGUGAAAAAGUUGGUUAGUUUGGGCAAUGUUGAUGAUUCGUGGUCCUCGGUUGUAUCUUGGGUGGAACAACAUGCUAAAUCCAAGAAUGUGGACCACAUUGUGUGCAAGUUAUUGAUAGCGGCUUCUUCAUAUUAUAUAUGGCAAGAGAGAAACAACAGGCUUUUCAAGAGUAUCAAGAGGACGGUAAAUCAAGUGGCCGAGGUGAUUAAGAAUACGGUUCGGUUGCAGCUCAUGGGCUUCAGAUUCCGGACGCCGUCUACGAAGGAGAGAAUUCGUAGAACAUGGAAGAUCGAAGAUACAGAUAUGGAUCCGGGCUAG